AUGAUCUGGUGUCGAUCGCUUCAUUUUGGUUCGACUCGUUGUGCAUCAACAUCACAAUACUUUGACGUUGUUGUAGUUGGUGGUGGAUUGGUUGGCAAUGCUAUGGCAUGCAUAAUUGGUCAGAAUCCUCAACUUUCAUCUAAGCGUGUCCUUCUUUUGGAAGGUGGAAAAGUCAACUCACUUCCCAGCAUACCUCCAGAGCAUUACAGUAAUCAACUGGGUGUAUGGAAACGUAUUAAGUCUUAUAGAGCAAAGAAAGUGAAUAAACUCCGUGUAAUUGAUAAUUGUUCCAAAGCUGAAUUAGAGUUUGAUCGACCUUCUAAAGACCAGGAAAUCGCUUAUAUUGUGGAGAAUAAUGCUAUUAUUGGUGCGCUGUACGAUAAGAUAAAACAGAGCUGUUCCUCAGUUGAAGUUAGAACUGGUGUCACCGUGAAGAACUGCAUAGGGGCCGAUGGUGGUCGAUCUACGGUCCGUCAGGCACUGAACGCUAAUUAUACCGCGUAUAACUAUGAUCAAAGUGGCGUCGUUGCCACACUUGUUGUCGAGGCGGCUGAUGACAAUGACAUCGCCUGGCAGCGCUUUUUUCGUGCAGGUCCAAUAGCAUACCUGCCUUUGGCUAAAAAUCUUUCUUCCCUUGUUUGGUGUACGUCAGCUGAGGAGGCGGAACGAUUGCUUUCAUUGGCGAAGGAUGAAUUCUUUACUGAGGAAGACCAGAUCGACUGCGUCAACAAAACACUGUUUGCUUUUUCUAAAAUUCCACUCGUUGCAAAAAAGCUCGGUCCAACACCCCAGCCUCCACACGUGAUCGCUCUACAAGGAGAUACUCGUGCUGCAUUUCCUUUGGGCCUUCGCUGUGCUUUAAUUGGAGAUGCAGCUCAUCGCACUCAUCCUUUAGGUGGUCAGGGUGUGAAUCUUGGCUGGAAUGAUGUUGCUGUACUGAAUCGCAUACUAGCUCGGGCUGCAUUAGAUGGCGCCGAUCUCGGUGCAUUGACGUAUCUGAGAGAUUACGAUACGCAAGCACAAAGGCAUAAUAUUCCUGUCAUGGUCUCAUGUGAUUGGUUGAACCGCCUGUAUCGAACUAAUGCAGCUCCAAUCGUUAUGCUUAGGUCUUUAGGUCUAGCUGCUUUUCAUAGGCUUACACCAGUAAAGGUAUGA